AUGCUUUCUCUCCUCCUGACAGCGGCCCCGCUAGCCUCACUCGUCUCCGCAUCCUUUGACACCAACUUGAACUACCAUUCGCCUUCUCGCCGCCACGAAAGCCUCGGAAUAGACAUACCUAAAGUCACAAAGAGAACCCUAUCCAAGCGCUCUGCUCCAUGGGAUCCCGCGCAGCUCAAGUUCACCCACGGCGUCGCUUCUGGAGACCCGUACCCCGACUCCGUUAUUCUCUGGACUCGCAUUGCACCCUCACUUGAACAUGACAGGUCGAAUGUGACUGUCAGCGGCACCGCCGCAUUUUACAACCACGAGACGGAAAAAUACAUUGCGGCUUCGCCGAAUCCGAUUUGCGUGGACUAUCGUGUUGGUACCGACGGCAACUUCUCGGUGGUUGUAGACGAGGGAAAGGCGUAUACGACUUCUGAUAUUGAUUACACUGUCAAGGUAGUUUAUGCUCACAUUGAAGCCAAGAACUUGGAGCCGUUCACGCAGUAUUACUACCAGUUCAGCGUGUGUGGGAGCAGCUCCAAUAAAAGCCCUCUGGGACGGACAAAAACGAGUCCAAGCGAGGAUGAUGACGUCUCCAAAGUCGGGCUUGCUGUGUUUUCCUGCUCAAACUGGCAAAACGGAUACUUUAAUGCUUAUGGAAAUGCUGCUAGAAAAGACCAGGUCGACUUCUUUGUCCAUCUUGGUGAUUACAUUUAUGAAUCUACCAAAGGCAAGCUCGGCCAAGAUCCUAGGGCAACGGAUCCCCCGCGGGAAGUCGUCACUCUCUAUGACUACCGGACUAGAAUCGGCCAGUACCGUACGGAUGAUGACUUGAAGCUUGCUCACCAGAACUUUGCGUGGAUCCCGACGUGGGAUGAUCAUGAAAUUGCGAACAACGGGUACCGCGAUGGUUUCAGCAACAUGAACAAUACUGAAGAGAGCUUCUUGCAGUACGGAGGUGUCAGUGUAGAUUCAAGGAAGAUGAAUGCCGUCCGAGCAUACUUUGAAUGGAUGCUCAUCCGUCAAGUCGACAUGGACGACAACCUCCGAAUCUGGCGCAACUUCAAAAUGGGCAAACUCUUUGACCUCACCAUCCUCGACACGCGCAACUACGACCGUUCCAUUACGACCCUGGACGAAAACGGCGACUACAUCGAGAUGCUCAAGGACGAUGCUGGCCGUUCGCUCAUGGGAAGUCGCCAGGAGAACUGGUUUUACCGCCAGCUCUCUGAAUCGCAUGAGCGCGGCGCUACGUGGAGGAUUGUCGGCAACCAGAUCAUCUUCUCGCGCAUGAACAACAGCGCAGUCUACAGCAACUGGCUGAACGCUGACCAGUGGGAUAUUUCCAAUACCGCUUUCCUGGCUGGCGAUUCCCAUGCAAACUGGGUUUCCGAUCUCGUAUGGCUUGAUGAGACCCCGUAUGACCAGGCCACUGGUGCUGGUGCCAUUGGAGUCGAGUUUGCCGGCACUGCUGUCUCUUCCAGUGGCUAUGGAGCUGGCCGAUCCAUUGCGAACUCGAGCGACCGCUCAGCAGCUCUUGUUCGUGAUAACCGGGAGUUGCAGUGGACAGAAGGGUACUACAGAGGGUAUUACGAGCUUUUUAUCUCGCCCGAAGAGCUCAACGCGCAGUACUACGUUGCAACUCGCAACCCUCUCGAUAUUAGCCUCGCCAACUUUACUGUCAGGGCUGGCACUAACCAUCUGGCGAGGACUAAUGACUCGGUUGUCGCUGUAGGCGGAUACGUUGAGAGCGGCUCCUUACAACGUGGGCCAACCAUGCCAACGAACCUAACUUUGAACACGGUGACUGGCUUGUGGAAUAUUACUGGCAUCGAGGAGAUGUUUAUCAAAAACCCAACUCUUUCGCCCUUGAACACAAACAUGGCGGCGACAAUGAAGGCCUGGCAGUACAACAGCACGGCCGGCGGCAUUGAAAAGAACCUGGCUAUCAACGACGCGGCGCCCCAACCUACCAUCCACGAUGACCAGAUCCUCGUCCAGGUCCACGCCAUGGCGCUGAAUCCCGUCGACCACAAAGUCACAGAGGGCCCCAUGCCGCUCCGCUUUGUGGGAUCCAACAUCACGCCUGGCACCGAUUUCUGCGGCACGGUAGCCAAAGUCGGCAAGAAGGUCGACGAGUACCAGAUUGGCGAGUACGUGUUUGGCGCAAAGGUUGGCGCGCUGACGGGUGGCACCCUCGCUCAGUAUGUAGCCGUGGACCGAAGCAUGUUGGCGAGGCUGCCCGAGGGCGUCAAGGUCGAGGAUGCUGCUGGUGCGGGCCUUGUUGGGUUGACAGAAUACCAAGCUAUUGCGCCCAACGUCAAGAGCGGCGAUAAAGUCUUCAUCAACGGUGGAUCGGGCGGCACAGGCGUCUUCGGCAUACAAAUUGCAAAGGCGCUGGGCUGCCACGUGACGACGACUUGCUCGACACCGAACAUCGACUUUUGCAAGAGCGUAGGCGCCGACGAAGUCAUCGAUUACAAGACUUCAAAUAUUGCUGAAGCGCUGGCCGCCAAUGGCAAGGCUUACGCCCUCGUGGUAGACAACGUCAUGUCGCCCGCAAACCUUUACAAGGCAUCCUCUGCGUUCCUCACGCCCAAGGGCAAAUUCGUGCAAAUCGGCAUGGAGAACAACUUGAGUAGUAUGAAGACGAUUGGCAGCAACAUGUUCCGGCCGGGCUUCUUGGGCGGCGGCAAGAAUCCCUUCCAGAUGCUCUUUACGAAGCCGUCGGCCGACGAUAUGAGGCAGAUGAGCAACUGGUUCAAGGAGGGCAAGCUCAAGGGCGUCGUGGAUUCCGUGUUUGAGUGGGAGGAUGCGCCAAAGGCGUUUGAGAAGCUGAAGACGGGAAGGACAAAGGGAAAGAUUAUCGUUAGGGUGCCGCAGGAUAGAGCAAAGGAGAAGGCUGCGGAUGCGUCUGCGUAG